AUGCGCAUGCACUCAAGAGGCCUAUUUGCGCCACGGCGCCCCCUUCGCUUGGCCGUCCUCUUUGCCGCAGCCUUUGUCACAGUUGUUUUUCUUUUUCCCCCGUACCAGUCGAAACCGAGCCUAUUGUUCUCCAGCAGUCAUGAGCCGCUGGUAUUCCGCAAGAGCUCGUUCGACUGGGCGAUGGUCGAGCAACACAACCCCGUCACUUCGUUCAAGCCUUUGCCAACAGGCAAACCACUUAGCCUCCCUCUGAUCCAGCACGAGUUCGGAGUGGGAAAUUCGCAUCCCGAGGCGCCAAAGCGACAGAAGGCCGUCCGCGAUGCAUUCAUCCGAAGCUGGAAAAGCUAUAAGAAGUAUGCCUGGGGUCGGGACGAGCUAGCACCCGUUAGUGCUGGAGCAAAGGACACGUUUGGAGGAUGGGCAGCGACUUUGGUGGAUUCUCUCGACACCCUCUGGAUCAUGGAGCUCAAAGAUGAGUUCCGCGCCGCAGCUAACGUAGCUGCAAAGCUAGACUGGGCCAACACAACAGCCAUCAGGAUAAACCUGUUCGAAACCACGAUCCGGCAUUUGGGCGGUCUACUCAGCGCAUACGAUCUGAGUGGUGAACCAGCACUUCUCGAGAAAGCGAAAGAAUUAGGGGAUAUGCUUUACAUGGGGUUUGACACGCCAAAUCGCCUCCCAGGUAUUUGGGUCAACUUUGACGACGCGAGGCUGGGAACCCAACUAGCUGGCAGAUAUGACCCCUCAGCCUGUCCAGCGUCAUUGGCUAUGGAAUUUACCCGUCUAUCCCAGCUCACGGGUAGUCCAAAGUAUUUUGAUGCAAUUGAUCGCGUCACGAGGUUUCUAGAGGCCACGCAAUUCAAGUCAAAGCUACCAGGGAUGUGGCCGAAAACAAUUAACUUUAGAGAGGAACGAGUCGAUACCGACAAUAGCUUCACGCUGGGAGCUCUUGCAGAUUCCUUGUACGAAUACCUACCAAAAAUGUUUGCGUUGCUGGGCGGUCGAGAUCCAUCGUACGAGAAGAUGUACAUCGGCGCUAUGGCAAUUGCAGAGCAGCAUAUAUUCUUCCGGCCGAUGGUGCCAGAACGGGCCGACAUCUUAUUCGCCGGCGACGCCUUUGUCCACUCUGAACGGAUCGAGCACGUCUCUGACGGCCAACACCUAUCAUGCUUCGCAGGCGGUAUGCUCGGUCUCGGAGGCAAGCUCUUCUCCGUCGACAACCACGUUGCUCUUGGCGAGAAGGUCGCGCGAGGGUGUGCUUGGGCGUACGACGCGUUUCCGUCCGGCGUGAUGCCCGAGUCAUUCAAUCUCAUCCCUUGCGAGGCCCGGAAAACCGGGGAUACCCAGAAAGAUGACGAGUGCCUCUGGGACGAGUCACAGUGGAAGAGCGAGGGCGACUCAAGACUGAAAAAGGGCUUCCGGAAUGCGGGCGACUCGCGAUACCUUUUACGGCCUGAAGCUAUCGAGAGCAUAUUCUUGUUGUACAGGAUGACGGGCCGACAAGAUCUUCAAGAUAUUGCCUGGCGUAUGUUUGAGUCGAUUUUGAAGGCGACAAAGACGGAUUAUGCCUAUUCAGCAAUAGCUGACGUGAAUGUUGCGCCUGACCAGACGAGCAAAUUGGAUGGGAUGGAGAGUUUCUGGCUUGCUGAGACACUCAAGUACUUCUAUCUUAUUUUCUCACCGCCGGAUCUUAUUAGUUUGGAUGAUUAUGUUUUCAACACAGAGGCGCAUCCAUUCAAAAUUCCAAAACCAGCAAUCAGUCAGAACGAAGAAGAAUUACGACGCGAUGGGUUACAUACAGGCAUUCAUUGA